GUUUUGUUGUAUUGGAAUGUUGCCUCAUGUUGCUGGGGCGAUGAUGACGCCGAUGAGAUGGUAAUGAUACGAUGUGAUGAGUCCUUCCAUCUUCCAUUCCGAGGUACAAAUCGUUCUUCAACGUGAGGUCUGGCAGCGGUCAUCAUGCCGCAGCGUCAAGGCGCACAUGGGAUGACCUGCAACGCCCUAGAUCGUAGCGCGCGACCUUUUCGCAACAAACAUUCCAAUCUCCCUCUUACCUCGCCGCAUUUCUCAAAGAUCAGAUCCAGCUCCAUUCCCCCUUCGACAUCCUCCCCAUGGACAAUCCCCUCGCCGCCAACGCCCUGGGCGUCGCCGGCGCAGUCUGCUGGUCGGUCCAGCUCCUGCCGCAGAUCCUGCUCAACCACCGGCGCCACAGCGCGACCGGUCUGCAGCCGACGAUGAUGCUCCUCUGGGCGUCCGCCGGCGUGCUGUUGGGCGUCUACAACAUCGUCUCGGGCUUCACCCUCGCGCUGCAGAUCCAGCCGCAGAUCCUCUGCGGCCUGAGUCUGGUCACGUGGAUCCAAUGCCACUACUAUGAACGCCGUUGGACGAAACGGCGCUGCGUGAUGGUCAUCCUGCCGGUCGCCGGGAGCAUGGCGGGUUUGGAAGUCGGCUUGAUAUUCGCUCUGCGGGCGGGUAUGAUGAGGGGAGUUGUCUGGCCGGUGACGCUCACCGCUGUUCUGGCCGCGUUGUUCCUGGCAUUGGGCGUCCUGCGGCAUUAUCUCGAUAUCUGGCGGCAUCGCACCGUGCGCGGCAUUUCGUUUCUCUUCGUCGGACUCGACGCGCUGGGUGAUCUGACCUCGUUGAUCUCGCUGGUCUUCCAACCUGA